GGGCGGCUGCCGCUGCACUCCGGCGAGACGGUAGCGACGCAGGCCAUGGAGGGCUAUGGCUGUCGUCGUCCUACAUGCGCAGCUCUCUCCACGGGGAGCCCUCCUCCACGGUGUCCUCCAUGGGUCGUUCCGCUGCCGCAGGCCUUCGACGACCUCGCCGGGAACAACUCCACGGGCGGAGGACGAGAAAAAGCCGGGUGCGGCGAUGCGGCCAAGGACGAUCCGGCAUCGCUCCGUGGCGGCGAAUCAGCAGUGGGCCGGCAGGUACCGGGCGAGGCACCGCGGUGUGCAGCACAGCCCACACUGGCGGAACUGCUACAAGCGCAGCAGCGGCGGUAGGAGCAAAUUUCGGCUUUGGCUGGGUGCCGGCAGUCGCCUGCAGGUCUUCCGGCUUAAUCCGGCCGAACUGCAUCUUGGAAUUGGGAACUUCUGCAUCGGGCUCAGCUCUCCUCUGUCCGCCUCCUGUAAAGACGGAACGAGGAUGAGGUUCAUAUGUUUCUCAAGUACAAGGAAUCCACGUAUAUCUGGAGGGAAUUGUUUUGGGAAGAUAUUAGAGUGCAUCUUAUUGCUUGUGCAUCUCCAUUUGAGUUCUGUAACACAUAGGGCGUCUUCAUGCUAAAGUAAACUAGGUCCAAAUACACUUGUGUUGCGAGCAAGAAAUUCUGAACAUCUGUGAAGUGUGCGAUAACGUGAUCUGGUUAUGCAUUGAUUUUGAGUAUCAUCGCCCAACUCAACAACCUGUGUGUGAAUUCUGGUGCAGGCCACAACCUCAUACUAAACAUUGAUAUUUCAUUAUAUUCUGAAGAUGGCAGUGGAGGCUGGUGUGCUGUCCUAAAGGAUGAAUGAGGUGAAGUGUUUAUGGUCGAGGCACGGUUGUACACCAUAUAUGAGAAGGCUUUAGCUUGCUGAAUGGACUUCUAAAUAUUUUGAAUAUGGGUGUUUCUUAACUUACUAUGUUGUAGUUAUUCUUGAUGCAAGGUAGAUGAGAUUGGAGAUUGGACCAAAUGCUGUAAUUUUGAAGAGAUACUUAUUGUGUGUAAAUCUUAUCCUAUUUUGCCACAAUUGGAAGAAACUGUAUGCAUGACAA